CUAUUCGCUGCCUUUUCUAGGGAAGGAGCGAGCUGGCUAUCUAUCAGUUAUCUCAGCACAGAGCAGCCUCUAUCUGCGGCUCGCCUUCAUUACCUACACUGCCACGGGUAGUCGUUUCUCCUUCGUUGCCUUAUACUAGAGAGAGAUCAGCGGUACUCCAUUUCCAGCUUCUUCGUCACUACAUGCUUAUGGCAAAUAUAGCCUUUUUUCUUUCUUCUACUAGCACCCCCAUUACUCUUUAAAAAUUCCGCCGAAAAAGAGAAGACGAUUAUCCCAAAAAAUUGGGCCGUUAUCUCACGGCACACCACUUUCUGUGCAGGUGUACAACAAUUACCCAGAAGGCCUAGGGGCGGCCCUCUACCGCGAGCAGUUUGACUUCAACGCGGAGCCGCCUUGGGAUCCUAGCUGAUAGUGGGAGAGCUCCAUCUCCUGACUUGUCCAUCUUUUGUUUUCACAGUGGCUGCGCAGACUUUUUCGGAGUUUGUGUUUCGCUCCAUGGUGGGAUUUCCACCGGGGCCUCCGAUUGGCUGGGCUCAGAAGUGUCUGGGAUCAGAGGCGGGCUGGGUCCCUGUGAAAAGCACCGCCGGUCCACCCAAGGGCUCCUUACAGAGGCCGCCGGCCGGCUUUCCCCCAGACCUGCACCUCGCGCUAAUGGACCAAGCAGCCGCAGGCUGUCGCUUCCCUAGAGAGAGAUGGCUAACUGAGACUCGUACCGUUUCCACUGUACUGCGGAGUUUGUUGCAUAUUUCUAGGACCCCAACGGCUCUGAGAGGACUGACUAGACAACUUGCUUUAUGAUUGUCGGAUUUGCGGAAUACGGUUGAGAUGAAAGGACUUGCCGAUGAACCAAAUUACUCCAUUGAACUUCUGGAGGGAGGCGCAACCCUCAAAGAUGUCAUUGAUACCCAUGUGUGCGAGCAGACCCUGGCUGAGAAGAACGCAUUUUUCGUGGCUGACCUUGGGCUCAUAACGCGCCAGCACAUCCGCUGGCAGGCCCACAUGCCCCAGGUCCGGCCUUUCUACCCGGUCAGGUGCAACAGCAGCCCGGCCGUCAUCGAGAUCUUGGCCACCCUCGGCGCCGGCUUCGUCUGCACCAGCAAGGCUGAGAUGGUGCUGGUGCAGAGCUACGGCGUGGCGCCGGAGAGCAUGGUUCUGGGCGGCAUGUGCAAGCAGCUCUCCCACAUCAAGUACGCCGCCAAGAGCGGCGUGGAGCUCCUGCUCUGCGACAACGAGACGGAGCUGCGCAAGAUCGCACGCUGCCACCCGACUGCAAAGCUGCUGCUGCAGGUGGCGACGGAGGCUCACGGCGAGGGCGAGGAGACGUGCAUGCCGUUCGGCUCCACGCUGAAGAGCUGCAGGCACCUGCUGGAGUGCGCCAAGGAGCUGGGCGUGCAGGUGGUGGGGGCCAAGUUCCAUGUACCCAGCUGCUGCACGGACCCCCAGGCCUACACCCAUGCGGUUUCCGACGCUCGCUGCGUGUUUGACAUGGGGGAGGAGCUUGGCUUCCACAUGAAAAUACUGGACAUCGGAGGAGGAUUCAGUGGCUCCGAGGCUCAGCUGGAACAGGUUCAUGGUAGCAUCAGACCGAUGCUGGACAUGUACUUCCCCUCUCUCUCUGGGGUGGCCCUCAUUGCUGAGCCUGGGAGUUACUAUGUGUCCUCCGCCUUCACCCUGGCUGUCAACAUCAUCAGCAAGAAAGUAGUGGCCCGGGAUCAGCAUGGCCAGCUCAUGGACAAACUGACACCGAACGACGAGCCCGAGUUCCUGUACUACAUGAACGACGGUGUUUACGGGUCUUUUGCCAGUAAGCUGCUGGACCACGCCAUCCCAGUGCCAUCCGUGCGUAAGAAGGACCCGCUGGUGGACGAGCCCGUGUUCGCCUGCAGCCUGUGGGGCCCCUCCUGCGACAGCCUGGACCGGGUGGUGGAGCGCUGCCUGCUGCCGGAGCUCAGCGUGGGGGACUGGCUCGUCUUCAGCGCCAUGGGGGCCCACAGCCUGGGGGACGCGCACAGACCGCCCGUCUACUACGUCAUCUCUACGGACGAUUGGUACGAGAUGCAGGAUGCCGGAAUCACUCUGGACACCACCAUGAAGAACUUCUCUCUGGUCCCGUACAGCUUCCAGUUCAGCCCGCAGGCAGACGCCUUCUCCACCCUGGCCUGAUGUGACCUCUGACCCCGCGCGCUGUCCGCAGAGCUGGUCCGCUCGACAUUCCACGGGAAGGGACGGAACGGCGCCUUGAGGGUUUUUUUUUUUUUUGGAUGUUGAAAAAUGUGUUUUUACUGGGACCAGACAAAUUCGGUUUAAAGAAAAGCAAAAGUUGUGUCCAGCUAACCCCCUAAACAACCUGCCCAUUUCAGUAAUAGAAUAUGCAACAAAAUGGAUGACUCGGUAGAGAUGGAAUCCCACUGCUGGGUUUCCUACUCAAUUACAGUUUACAUACAUGUUCAAUUUAUUUAAUUUUAUUUUAUAUGAAAUCAUAUAUAAUAUGAAUAUGAAAUAUGAAUCAUAUUAUAUAUGAAUAUGAUUACUUGUCGCCAGUCUUGUAAGUCAGUUGUCUGCCCAAUGCGGUGCAGUUUAUAGAAACAUAUAGAAGACCUGAUUUCAAGAAAUUGCUAAAUGCUUAGAAGAAAAUGUAAAUGUAUGCUUUGAUCAGCAGCAUUGCAAAAAUGAAAAAAAAAACACGUUCCUUUGUGCUAUGAAAAUCCUGAUCCAAACCAUUCAUAAUCGCAAUAAAUUUUUACGUACGUGUUAUUUAAAUAAGUUACAUUGUACAAAACAUAGGCAGAUCAGAGCUCUGCUCCUUAAGAUAUAUCUCGAUAUAAAUUAAUUUCACUUUGCUGUGUUACAAAAAGGUAUUCAAGCUUUUUUAAACUAAAUGAAACAAAAAAAACAACGCGUUUUGAAUAGAUGUGAUGUGUAAUUUCGGGAAUGCAAGACUCGGCCCCCAUUGGGCGUCGCCAUUUCCAGUGUUUUUGGAAGGAGACCCAUCGCUUUGGGUAACCGGCGGUUUAGUGAGCCUUUGAUCGAAAGCUUCCUUCUUACGUCAGUGUUUCGCCAAAGCCAUGGCUCCUAAUGUUAGCCCAGGAGAUGGAGAGGUGGCAGUUGACAUCGCACUUGGCCAUUUCAGCCAGAGCACAAGCUGGCAUGGAGGAGUUCUGUAGGAAAACGUUCCCCGAUUGGUGUACAAGAGUUGCCCAGUGAAACGAUAUGAUGUCAUUUCCUCUUUCUCACCAGGGAGGACUCUAUUACUGAGUUUAAUGUCUCUGGAGCCAUAUCGUAUUGAAAAAAUGUGUCACAAUUUGAUGAGUUCAUUCUAACAGUCUGCACCAAUUUUGUAAAUCCUUCUCCAGAAAAGAUACAAGCUCUAAUGUAAAGUAUAAUUUUAAGGCACUAAUGGAUCGUAGCUUGUUAUUGACUGUAAAAUUUGUGCUCGGUAAAGUGGUGGAAGUGAUUAAUUUAAUACAUCUCUUUGACUGAACCAUGGUGUGCUGAUUGUAUUCUUUAUUAAAUUUUUGCAUGUGAAAACUA